AGUCUCUUUAAAUUUCUCAUUCGUUAAUGGCAGCCUUUCCUUAAUUUUGUGAUCCGGGCCUGCUCGAAAUGUUUAUGGUAAUAAGAGAUUUGGCCCUGACGCAACUUCUGGAUAAGGUGACCCGGAAAUCAGACCUUGCGAUCAAAUUCAGGAAAGUUCCCGGCGGCCUUUUUGAAAAAUGUAAAAACUGCAAUGUAUGUACAGUAGAACGUAGUCUAUAUAAUGUAGCAACGCUUAUAUCGGAACCCCUGGCCAGGGGAUGUACAGAUUUAAUCAUUUACCUCGUCGUUGGAGACGAGAGUAACUUAUACUCUGCCAUACUACUCGACUACAUCCGCUCAUUAUACUCGCUUGUCAUUCUACAGGCCCAGAGGCUCAACAGGAUUGAUGAAUUCGUAAAUCCAGAUAGAGUAAACUUUACAAUUCUGCCCGUUGCUGAUUGGAAAGUGCUCCUCGAAGAUGAUAUUGAGGUUAUAAAAAUGGAACAAGUCGGCAGAUCUUCUCUGCGAAGCAGGCUACUCGAGCCUCGUCCAUCUGAUGAUGGCAGUCGCGAAGAGCACUCGUCCCCUACAGGUCCUGGUAAAGGGGUGGUGCCACGGAAACGUGAGACUUACAUACUGCCGGAAUUGCCAGAGUAUACAUUUACGGAAUUUUACAAACGGUUUGUCGAUAUAAAUCCGGGGGACGGCACUGAAUCCUGGAAAAGGCAGGGGCCACUGGAAGACACUGGUACAAUAGACUGUCUCGGAACUAGUUGUGCCAAUCUAGUUGUUGAAAAGUAUGAAAAUGUAAUGUGUUGUGGCACAUUUGACCGUCUACACUUUGGCCACAAGGUUUUGCUACUAACUGCAUUUUUGUCAAGUGGAAGAAACUUGAAUGUUGGCAUCACAGCCUCCAAGGAGAUGCUAGACAGCAAGGAGUAUAUGGAGCACAUUGAACCAUUUGAAAAGAGACAAGCCAGAGUUACAAGAUAUCUCGGGGAAAUGAAGCAGGUCUACUGCAGAGGUACACACCAAGACGCAAAAAUUACCUAUGGUGAUGGUACUAGCACCUGUGGUAGUGGUCGAGUUGCUGAACCAAAAAGGGUAAACUACCACAACUGCGACUUUCUACCCUUUCACCAGGGCAAUAGGUUGGAAGAGGACCGGUGCAACGAUUCUAUAAAGGACGAAACAUACGAGGGAGCUUGUUCGAACAUUACAAUCUUCCCUCUGAUGGAUCUGCUGGGACCUUCCAGGUACAUCAAGGAGCAAUUUGCAAUGAUUGUAACGUCUGAGAUUAUACAGGGAGCCAAUGCUGUUAACGAAUACAGAAGGGGUGCAAACCUCUUUCCAUGGCACAUUAUCCUUAUCGGAUUUGUCGUACGUCCAGGGAAGGAAUCCGAUACAUUUCCCAAACUCAGUUCAUCCUUUAUAAGGAGGCGACUGACCAUUUAA